AUGUUGCUCCCACAUCGCAUUCCCCUCCCUCUUCGAUCUGUCGCCAGCGACGAUUAUCUCAUCCGUGAGAAAUUGGCGCCCAGAAGCGACGAUACGCCUCCUUCAAACACAAUAUUCAUCGUUGUCGGCAUUAUUGCUGCUGUGCUUGUGUUUAUUUUCUUAGUUUAUUGCUUCACACGCUACAAGUUGAGAGGGUCAAAACGAGGCAAAUACAAGCAAACUCCCGACGACGAAUCCAUCGACUCUUCCGUCCCUCGAAGCAGGAGAAGACGAGAUGGCCAGUCGGCUUCUAACCCCUCAGUUGCGGAAGGCAAUAGGAAUAGUGCGGUAUCGCAAAUAGAUAGGAACACUUCCAUUCGAUCUAUCAUGACUCUGCCGGCGUACCGAACGAAAGCGAACGAAAACGAGCAAGUUAUAGGUCGCGAAGGAGAACGUGGUGGCGUCGACGUCGUUGUAGAGUAUCCCACCGCCGAGGAUUUGGAGAAUAUGCGAGAGGACGAGAUGGAAACUCUGUUCCAGAUUCGGUUGGCGAGGAGAAUGCAGCGCGCCGAACGGGAAGAACGACAUCGGUUAACUAAUGAGGCAAGGGCUCGCGGAGAUGCGGUGGCAUUGAGCGAGCUACGAGCCCAGAGACGAGCCGCGCACGAGGACAAUACCGUGGAAGAACUGCGUGACGCGUACGGGCAGAUCAAAGAACGACGGCAACGCGCAGUAUCUAGCGUGAGUUACCACGAGCUUGGCGUAGCGCAGCUCAAUGGUACGAGGGUCCGCGCAGGCAGCCAUGGUAGCGAAGGAGUAGGAUUGCUGUCAGACGCGGCUAGCAUCGCCCUAUCGACGCGAUCGCCUUCUGCACAAUCCCAUCGCCGCGACCGAAGCGCCAGUUCCGUCUUGAGCCUUGAUAGCGAUUUUCCGUCUCCGGCAUUGAGGUCCGGAGCUUCGACGCCUCGGCAAGGUAGUAAUCAUACGCGUGCCGGCUCAAGUCCAGAAAUAAUCACCGAGGCCGACCUAGGCGAUUCCGAGAUGCCUCCUCCGGACUAUGAAGACGUUAGUUUGGACGAUGUUAGGUCAGGGGCUACGACUCCGAUGUUUAAUGAACCUCCACCCGUCUACACGAAUCCGGCAAGCGGGCGUGAGCGAAGACUAAGCGCACAGACUGAAGAUAUGGUGGAGAGGGUGACGGAGAGCGGUGACCUUUCAACCAUAACCACGAACGAUUCGCGCGAUGAACGUUCAACAAAGAGGACCUCGAGAGGAGUAGGCGGAGCUCCACAGCUGCCCAGCUUGCGAAUUGGAAGAUUGCCACAAAUUGUUAUCGAACCUUCAACCGCCCAUCCCAGCGAAUCGAUGGAGAAGGAAAAUGAUAGCGAUGCGGGAGUGUUGAGUGGGGAAGAUCUCUUCGAGGGAUCCGUCGACCGCACGGAGGAUGUUUCCGGUUCUCAGGAGACAUCUACGCCGGCGCCGGGUUCGCCACCCAAGCCUGCUGAAGUUCCGGACGGUGGCCUCGACGCAUGGCUCCAAGUCUUCGGCGCCUUCAUCAUCAUGAUAACAACAUGGGGCCUAAUAAACUCCUUCGGAGUCUACCAAACAUACUACGAGACAGACCUGCUCAAAACCAGCACCUCCUCUGACAUAUCCUGGAUCGGGUCCCUGCAAGGCGCGCUCCUCAUGAUAGGCGGCAUCAUAUCCGGCCCGCUCUUCGACGCGGGCCACUUCCACGCCCUCACCGCGUCGGGCCUGUUCCUCGUCAUCUUCGGCCUCUUCAUGACGAGCCUGUGCGCGACGUACUGGCAGGUGCUGCUCGCGCAGGGCAUAUGCGUCGGCCUCGGGUGCGGCCUGCUGUUCCUGCCCUCCGCCGCCAUACUAAGCCAGUACUUCGCGCGCCGCCGCGCCCUCGCCCUCGGCUUCCAGAGUACCGGGUCCCCCAUCGGCGGUAUUAUUUUUCCUAUUAUUUUUAGCCGCUUGCAGCCGCGCAUAGGCUUUGGCUGGGCGACCCGCGUCAUCGCGUUUAUACUGCUUGCGCUCGCCGUUGUGCCGCUGGUGUUCAUGCGUCCGCGCGUCGCGCCGCCGAGGAGGAAGCGCGCGUUCAUUGAUAGAGACGCUCUGCGUGAACCGCCCUUCCUCGCGUUCGCGGUCGCGGGCAUCGGCGCAUUUUUGGGACUGUACGUGCCGUUUUUCUAUCUGCAGCUGUAUAGCCUCCGGUUCGGCAUCGCCGACGCGGGGCUCAGCGCGUACCUUGUCACGCUGCUGAACGCGGGAAGCGUGUUUGGUAGGAUAUUGCCGAAUUUUGUGGCGGAUUAUGCGGGGAGCAUGAAUAUGCUCGCGGCUACCACGACGGGCGCGAGUGUUCUUGCUUUCGCCUGGUUCGGCGUGAAGGAUCUAGGGGGGACGGUCGUGUUUGCGCUGCUGUUUGGCUUUUUUAACGGCGGCGUGACGAGUCUGCCGCCUAGCGCGAUCGUGGGCCUGACGCCGGAUAUGAGUCGUCUGGGCACGCGCAUGGGUAUGCUGUUUGCGGUUAUUGGGGUUGCGGUGCUGGUCGGGACGCCGAUCGCGGGCGCGAUCCUGAGGGACCCUGAGGAUGCGGCGCGCUGGAAGGGGUUGAUUGGUUUCGCGGCCGCGACGAUGCUUUGGGGUGGUGUUGGGUUUGGGGUUACGGAGUUGUUGAGUUUGAGGGAGAGGAGGAGGAAGGAGAAGGUGGUGGAUAGUUAG